AUGGCCUGGAACACCAAUCUCCGCUGGCGGCUGCCGGUCAUCUGCCUGCUCCUGCAGGUGGCCCUGGUGGUCCUCUUCGGCGUGUUCGUGCGCUAUGACCUGGAUGCCGACGCCCACUGGAUCGAGGAGAGGAUGUCCAGGAACAUUUCCAGCGACUUGGACAACGAAUUCUACUAUCGGUACCCGAGCUUCCAGGACGUGCACGUGAUGAUCUUCGUGGGCUUCGGCUUCCUCAUGACCUUCCUGCAGCGCUACGGCUACAGCGCCGUGGGCUUCAACUUCCUGCUGGCGGCCUUCGGCAUCCAGUGGGCGCUGCUCAUGCAGGGAUGGUUCCACUCCUUUGACGGACGCUACAUUCUCUUGGGCGUGGAGAACCUCAUCAAUGCGGACUUCUGCGUGGGCUCUGUCUGUGUCGCCUUUGGGGCAGUUCUGGGCAAAGUCAGCCCUGUCCAGCUCCUCAUCAUGACUCUCUUCCAAGUGACCCUCUUCUCAGUGAAUGAGUUCAUUCUCCUCAGCCUGCUAGAGGUGAAGGAUGCAGGGGGCUCCAUGACCAUCCACACAUUCGGCGCCUACUUUGGGCUCACAGUGACCUGGAUCCUCUACCGACCCAACCUAUAUCAGAGCAAGGACAGGCCAAGCUCUGAGUACCACUCGGACCUCUUUGCCAUGAUCGGCACCCUCUUCCUGUGGAUGUACUGGCCCAGCUUCAACUCAGCUGUGUCCAAUCACGGAGACGCCCAGCACCGAGCUGUCAUCAACACCUAUUGCUCCUUGGCAGCCUGUGUGCUCACUGCGGUGGCGCUGUCCAGCGUCCUGCAUAAGAAGGGCAAGCUGGAUAUGGUGCACAUCCAGAACGCCACGCUCGCGGGAGGGGUGGCCGUGGGCACCGCCGCCGAGAUGAUGCUCAUGCCUUACGGCUCCCUCAUCAUCGGCUUCAUCUGCGGCAUCAUCUCCACCCUGGGUUUUGUGUACCUGACGCCAUUCCUGGAGUCCCGGCUGCGGAUCCAGGACACGUGUGGCAUUCACAACCUGCAUGGCAUGCCCGGCAUCAUAGGUGGCAUUGUGGGUGCUGUGACGGCAGCCUCUGCCAACACUGAGCUGUAUGGGCAGGAAGGGCUUGCCUUUGCCUUUGGCUUUGGAAGUUCCACACUGAGCUGGAAUGCAAGCACACAGGGCAAGUUCCAGGCUGCUGGUCUCUUUGUGUCGCUGGCCAUGGCCCUGGUGGGCGGCAUCAUCGUAGGGGUCAUUUUGAAAUUGCCAUUCUGGGGACAAGCCGCUGAUGAGAACUGCUUUGAGGAUGCAAUCUACUGGGAGAUGCCCAAGGACCAGAAGAGUAUUGUCUUCCAUUCUGAGGACCCCACCCUCAAGCCCUCAGAACCUUAA